AUGCCUGCGUCACCUCUCCCUCGCCUGGCCCUGGUGCUGGUGGUCCUGAGCAGCCCAGCCCUCCCUGAACAGCCUGCCCCAGGCCCCAGGAACCUCACCUGGAGCGAGGACAGUGUCGGGGACCUGUGCUUUGUGUCACUGGGCAGGGGCGGCAACAGGAGUGAUGCCCCACUGCAGGUGGUAGGCGCUCUGCGCAGCUACGAACAGGCCUUCCUGGCAGCUGUACGCCUCGCUCACUGGGGCCCCCAAGACCUGACCACCUUCGGGCUCUGUGCCCCCAGUGAUGGGCAGGUGGCCCUGAGCCUGCUUCGACGGCUGGGCAUGUGGCUCGGGGACCCUGGGGGGCAGCACCUGGUAGUCCUGCACCUGGAGGAAGUGACGUGGGAGCCCACACCCUCGCUGAGGUUCCAGGAGCCCCCGCAUGGAGGAGCUGGCCACCUGGACCUGGCGCUGCUGGUGCUAUAUCCUGGGGAGGGCCCCGAGUCCACGGCGUCCGGGGCUGCGCUGUCAGGUGUCCAGAGACUCUGCCCAUCCCAGGACACCCGCUACCUGGUACUGGCCCUGGAUCGCCCACAGUGGGCCUGGUACAGCGCAGGGCUGAGUCUGACCCUGCGGCUUCACAGACAUGGCUCCCUCCUGAGCACAGCUCAGCUGCAGGCGCUGCUGUUUGGCACUGACCCGCGCUGCUUCACGCGGAUGACCCCCACGCUGCUGUUGCUACCACUUCACCCACAGCCCACACCGCUGCCUAUGCACGGCCAACUGGACACGGUGCCCUUCCCCCCAGCCAGGCCAUCCUCUCAGCCCGAGGCGCUGCGCAGCACGGACCCCUUCCUGGAGACGCUCACGCGCCUGGUGCGCGCGCUGCGGGGCCCGCCAGGACGAGCUUCGCCACCACGCCUGGCCCUGGAUCCCGGCACGCUAGCUGCAGUCCCGCAAGGGCUCGUCAACCUGUCGGACCCCGCAGCGCUCGAGCGUCUGCUAGAUGGGGAAGAGCCACUGCUACUGCUGCAGUCGCCGCCCGCCCGCGACCCGGCCAGGGACGCCGCACCUGUGCCGGGCCCUGCCGGGGAGGCUCCGUGGGCGGCGGGCCUGGCACGCCGUGUGGCCUCCGAGCUGCAGGCGGCGGCCUCCGAGCUGCGGGGUCUCCCAGGGCUGCCGCCCACCGCCGCACCUUUGCUGGCGCGCCUACUGGCUCUGUGCCCAGGGGACACGGGCGGGGACGGCCCAGCGCGGCCCCUCCACGCGCUGCUGCUGCUCAAGGCCCUGCAGGGCCUGCGUGCGGAGUGGCGUUGGCGGGAGCGGCGCGAUCGGCCUCAGCGCAGCUCGGGGGUGACACCUGGUGGCGAUGGGCCAUGCGCGUUGCGUGAGCUCGUGGUGGACCUGCGAGCAGAGCGCUCGGUUCUCAUUCCGGAGACCUAUCAGGCCAAUAACUGCCAGGGCGUGUGCGCAUGGCCGCAGUCUGACCGCAACCCUCACUAUGGCAACCACGUGGUGUUGCUGCUCAAGAUGCAGGCGCGCGGUGUGGCCCUGGCUAGACCGCCCUGCUGCGUGCCCACGGCCUACGCUGACAAGGUGCUCAUCAGCCUGUCUGAGGAGCGAAUCAGCGCGCGACAUGUGCCUAACAUGGUGGCCACCGCGUGUGGCUGCAGGUGA